CGCAGGACGCACCCCCCGCCCCGCCCCGCGCCGGCCCGGGCAGGCAGCGGCUGGCGUGCUGCGGCGAGUGCGCGCCCGCGGCUCUUUCCGCGGCCAUGCGGCUCCUCACCGGCGCUGCCUGCGCGCUGCAGGCGGCAGCGCUGCUGCUGCUCGUCCCCGGAUCCCGAAAUGAAGAGACGAACAACUCCAGCAGUACUACACCCUUUACUACGAUGCCAGACCAUAAGUUGCAACACAAUAGCAGUUCAUCCAAUUUCACUGUUACAUCAUCCACACAAUCUACAGCAACAUCUACAGUAGGUAUGUCCACCAGUACUAUUCAUCUGACCAGUACCAGUCAGCCCACCAACACCACUACAUCUGUCACCUUGAUGACUCAGCCCACUAAAACCAGCCAGACAACAAGAUCCACCAAAGCUUCAUCAGUCACAUCAUCACAACUCAAUAUUACAGUGGUGACCACUUCCAAGAUUUCUUUCACUUCUGUAACAACCACAUCAAAAUCUGAGGCUGUCGUAGCCAAAACCUCCAAAUUUGAUGUGGGCAGUUUUGUAGGUGGCAUCGCACUGACACUUGGAGUCCUAGUUAUUCUCUACAUCGGAUGCAAAACCUAUCACUCUAGAAGAGGCAUUCAGUACAGAACCAUUGAUGAACAUGAUGCCAUCAUUUAAAGAGACUUCAGGGAAGACAGUGUUGGACACCCAUCCUAUCACAGCUGUUGUAACUUCUGAAAGAGUUCCUUUCGUAAAGAUGAUCAAUCUCUAAACCUGUCUUGGGUGCAAUCCUGCAAAAUGUUGAGACGCUCUUUAAACAUCCUGAUUUUUUUGCAUUGGCUUUCAUAAGAAGAAGAGGAACUCAGCACUUUGUAGAGACAGUAUUUUCUUUUUCCAGUAUUUGUAACCAAAUUUAAAGAACACACAUAUUGAGUCACUUUAAGGUACACACACAAGUCUCUGAAAUACCUAAUUACUAGCACAGUGGAUCGCAUAAUUACACUUCUAAGUAAGUUCAAUUAUUUCUCACAUACUGUGCAAAUCCAGCGUGUUCCAUAAUGGAUAUAGUAGGUUAAAUAGGAUACCUUUGAGACCAAGUAUAGGUUUUUGCAAGUAAAAUGGGUUUUUUCCUAAUAUUUUGUAUUAAAUUGUAUUUAUUUUGAAGUUUGGUGUGAACUUUAGUUUAGAAAUUUUGGGGUUUGGAACAAUUUGGUUAGUUAAUUUUUAUUAGGCUAUAAAGGGACACGGUUUGCUGUGUAGAAGGUGAUAAAGAGUACUUUAAACUUCAAUCAUUAGCUCACCUGUGACCUGCAGAGACUUUCCUCAACAGUGAAACUAGCUGCAGGAAGCACAGACAGACUGGAGAUAUCCAUCCACAACCCUGUUCUCUAAAUGGGUCCUUAUAAGAAAACAAAUUAUGCAAUCCAUAGCUUUUUUUUUCUCGCAUGUACAAUUGAAGAUAAAAUAAAAAUGGAAGAAGGUAAUUGCACCAUCAUAAAUACAAUGAAAUAUGAAAAUUGCUUCUAGAAAUUGGCUUUAAGUUGAAUGUAGCAAUUGCUUUGCUCUUGGUUUUUAUUAUUAUGAAACUGUAUGCAAUGUUUUAGCAGCAUUUGAUAAGCAUUGAAAGUUACACAGAGAAGUGGAACAUCUUUAAGACAGCAUUUUAGAAGAAUAUAAUCUGCAUUUUUACAACUAUUUUCAGAACUUGGUACUGCAGCACACAUGUACAGAGGUCUGGUCAAAAGCCCACUGAAGGCAAUGGGGCACCUCUCAGAUGGCCUUUAGAUGGAGGCCCAAAUACACUGGGGGUCCUGUGCAAGAUGGCUGAUGCUGCUUCCGUAUCAAUUCUGCAUUUAUACUGAGGUAAACCUGCUGACCUAGUAGAUGGGCUCCUGAUUUACACUGGUGUAUGGAAAACUAGAGCGAGGAUCAAGAAACAGAGGCCUGCAUCUCCUUAUGUCACUGAGUAAUUGUUCAGUCCUGCUCAGGUUCUAUUUAUAGACCUCUCCCUGGUGAAGAGGGUUGGUGUGGUGGGACUUGACCAUCCUGGUUACUGCUGGCACUAAUCCAUCACACAGGGCACAGGCAGGAGGUGGUGACAGCUGAGGAAGGUCACAAUGGGAACUGCAUCUAGGCUGGGGUACAGCACAUCAGGGAAAACAAGACUACAGCUCUGGCACAGGUUAAUUUUUUUUGUUGAGCAAUAGUUUAUUCUGCCAUGCAAUGUUAAAGUGGCCGUAUAGAUGUUUUUUUCCUUUUUCAUAUGGAGUAGUAGAAUUGUUGUGUCUGAGGCACAGCCAACUCCAGCAAACCAUGGCUAAUGAAUAGUCUUAAUAGCACCAGCCACGCACCCAAAAUGGGGGUAGCAGAGCUGUUUGUUUAAUUUUUCACUGAGAUUGAGGUACAGGGGGAAGAGUGAUUUGAAGUAACUCUUGUGAUUUUUCUUAGUUGCAUUGUUUGGUGGAAGGUUUCUGGUUUUGACUUGAAGAGUUUGGAAAUAAUUCUUCCAUAGAACUGCAAUUCUUUACUUUGUAGAAAUGAAGGCAAUUAAGUGCAACUCAGUUACUGGGAUUGUCUCACCUCUGUUGUACAGAUGAAUAAAUAAAAUUAAAUCUUUGGAGUUACUGUA